GUUUCAUCGUUAUCGUACACCAGUGAACAUAGCCUGCACUUGCAUCCGGCACCUAGGUGCCAUUCUUAGCGAUAGCAUCAAUUGCACAGCCGUUUUCACAACCUUUUACAACAGUUCUAGUUUGCUACCUGUUGCCUACCUAAGAACACACCAAAUGAAUGGACGGCAUUGACGGUUCGAAAUCUAAGCUGGUGGGCUCAAGACCUGCUAAAUGACCCCCUUCAAAAUCAUGCCACUAUCUUCUAUGGUAUUACAUGUUUAUUUCUUGCUUGGUUUGUCUGUAUACUACAAGUUCUACCCGUUGCAAAUCAAGCGUCAAUAGGAGCCCCGAGAGCUACCGUACUGGAUUCCAGGUCAGUUUAUUGAAAGAUAUCCGGAACCGACCCCUGACAGCUUGCUAUAUUGGGCCAUACACUACCAUUCUUCAGAAAUACGUAAUCAUUCUUGGUUCAUGUCCGGUAAGCUGCCUGUGCCAGACGAUACUUUCGCUACUGCAAUCCACUGAUAUGGCCGGUAGCAACGAAGUUGGAAAGUGUAAAGAGCCAUUCGCGUUCGCUGUUUUUGGUAACACAUUCUACGUCAGAGCCACUGGAGUGAGCGAGGCUGGUAUACAGGCUUGGUACUCGCAAGAGGUUUCCGAAGAAAAGCCAGGCUUCCCCAAUACUUCAGCUGAUCAUCUUGGGGGUUGGAUCCGACAAAUGCCUAUCCAUCAAUUACACUCUGGCGAGAACCAGCAGCUGCUAGAAGCGCGGUUCCUGCAUUCUUUUGAUCAGGAAUUCCGACUUGAGAAUAUCCAAAAGGACUCUAACGUACCACAAGUAGCCCUACAUAUGAUAGCGUCGUUCAGGAUUUUAUUGCUAACAGAGUCACAGAAUCAAUACUAAUACCCGAAGAACUACCUUCUGGAUGCUGACUUAUCCGUGAAGGGUUCGAACUAAGGUACAAAUAAAU